UGUUCCCAGUUCCACACAGUCAGUGUCCAGCUCCCAGACAUCCUCUCUUCGUGUACUCCCUUUGAAUUACUAACGCGCAAAUGGCAGUCACUGCAGGUCCGUUUCUCAAGUGCCCCAGGCAUGACUGCGCCGUAGGAUUAGUACGCCUCGAAUGGAGAGGACUCAAAGUUGGACUGUGGACUGCUUUGUGUUAUCCUGGAGCGGAUUGUAAAUUGUCGGGGUUGGGGUUGACUGCGAAUUUUUUGAGCUUGUUGGUGUAUGAGCAGGAGCAGGAUAGUGCUGGGGAUGAAAAGCAAGUUUUUGAUCUAUAUCUGACAGGCUCAGGCCACGUCGCCUAUAAAAGCCCGGCGUGGUACAUAUGUUUUCAUCGAUCUAUGCGCGCAUAUCACGAUACAAGGCAGUGUUUGCUGGAUUGCAUCUGCAUCCCGGAUCUCGAAGCAGGGACGUGUCCGGAUUUAGGAUGAUGUUUCACUUGAUAGAGUAUGCGGAGGGAUUGAACCUCCCGGAGCGUGCAUCGUCGCACCCAUACUGAAGCAGC